UGCUGCCUUGCAACCCUCUUCCAUUUUUCUUAGCUCACCACGGGCCCUCCCAUGCCCGGUUUUGUCAUUUGUGUCUCUUGGAAGACCCAUUUCUGGGCUGCUUAACUGGAUCCGACAUGUGCAUCCCAGACAACAAAGGCCAGUGCAUGGUGAUUAACAUUUAUAAUGGUUCCAAGCUGAAAUAUGUGGUCAGAGGCUGUGGGGAGCAUAGCUCCUUCCGCUGCGGGGAGCAUAGCUCCUUCCGCUGCAAGGAGGUCCAAAAUGGCUUCAUUCUUUAUUACUGGUUCAGGGCCGAGUGCUGCCAAUAUGAUUACUGUAAUGCCUGGUUCCAGCCCCAGCUCCAGGGUCCCAUCCCUGGGACCCCACUCCCAGAGGGGCCUUUGUCCUUGGCCCAGAUCCAGCUGUUCUAUGUGGUGUUGAACCUCUCCCUACCUCUGCCCACUCCAGCCCCAGGAGAGCCAGAGGAUACUGGCCUGCCACCCCCACCUCUGAAUCUGAACCUGCCUGUGGAACACCUUCACAUCCUUUACCAGUCUUUCAUCAACGAUGGCCUCCUGAGCCUUCCCCAGACUGAGCCAUGAAUGCCUGUUACAGCACUCCUCUCUCCCAUGUGCCUCCUCACUAGACUGUCCCCUAGUAUUUUCUCACCACUGUCUUUAAUGAUAAUUAUAUCAGUAUAUUAAUCUCUAAUGUUUGCAGAUUGUUUCAAUGUCAUCUUAUUAAAUCCUCACCACUCUAGGAAAUAGGUAAUGAAGCAUUACUGAAAGGGCAAGACCACUCUUCCACAAUAUUUCUUGUAUCCUUCCUCUUGUCUCCAUUCCCAUAAUCGUGUUUUAGACUCUUAUCUCCUCAUCUAAAUGAUAAUACUAGCUUCCUAAUUGGUUGAUCUCAUCUUUUGCCAAUCCACCCUUUAUAUAAUUGCCAAAAUAAUUUUCCUAAAGCACAAAUCUGAUCAUGUCACUCCUCUACUCAGAUAUGUCAGUGAUUCCCUUUUACCUUUACAAUAAAACAUAAAUUUUUCCUAA